UCCAAUUAAAUUGAAAUUAAGAAUUCGAAUUUAAUGAUUUUAAUACAAUUUAAAUUUUAAUUUAAAUGUUUUAAAAACAUUAAAAAAUUUGAGUCGUCUUAAGCCGAGUGUUUGGGCGGCGGCUCAAGCAACUAAAUAUAGUGCGCCGACUCGAAGCCGGUCGACUUCGCCCUCUGGUUCCAUAUAUAAUUUUAUUAUUGUUGAUUCUAAACAUAACAUUUUCGCCAAAAAUAAACAAUGACUUCUCUUAGAUUUAAAAAAAUAACACCCAAAUAUAUUAUAGCUGUUCAUUUUGCGGCUACAUGCUGGGAAAAACAACCUUCACCGAAGUUUCGGAAUGCAGAAAUUAUAGAAUUUCCAGCAGUUUUAAUGAAUUUAGAAACUGGCGCUAUAGAAGCCGAAUUUCAUGAAUAUGUCAAGCCCACGGAAAAACCCCAAUUAAGUGAAUUUUGCAUUAAAAUUACUGAUAUUAUGCAGACGACUGUCGAUAAUGCUAUAACUCUAGAUAGUGUUUUAAUCAAGUUUGAAAAAUGGUUGGUAAACGAAUUGAAGACUCGUCAGCUGGUGUUGCCAAAAUUUUCACCACUUAAUGUAGAGGGCAAUUGUGCCUUUGUAACCUGGUCCGAUUGGGAUUUCGAUGUAUGUUUACAUAAAGAGUGCAUUAGGAAAAAUAUAAAAAAACCCGAAUAUUUUAAUCAAUGGAUUAAAAUUCGUCACUUAUUCAGGGGUUCCACAAGAUAUAUGCCUGAUAACUUUACAGAUGCCUUACGUCAUUUAGGCUUAACAUUUAUUGGUAACGAGCAUUCAGGUAUAGAUUAUGCCAAAAAUAUGGCAGCCUUAACUCAUAAAUUGAAGAAUAGAGGUGUUGCAUUACAAAUAACGGAAGACUUGACACCAAAUAAGUGUAAUGAUAAUAGUAUUUUUGAGUAGUAUUAAUAAAAACUAAUAAUUUUCGCAUACACUCUCUAAAGUAUCGUAUUUUAUCACAAGUGAAUAUGUAAAGCUUAGUUCGCACCUAUCAAAUAUCGAAACUUAAAAUUUUUUGUAAAACUUUUUUAAAAACUAAUAAAAUGUUCUGAAAUUAA